GUCCUGCCCCGUCCGCCAAGCGCACAGGGAUCCCCGCCCCGCGGGAGCUGCCGAGCUCCGUGGCCCGAGAAAAGGCGGUCCUGAGGCCCCGGAAAGCUCAGCCCAGCCCGACGUCUUCCGGGGCACCCACUCCCACCAAGCAUUCACGGCCGUCCCUCAAGCCCAAGAAUGAGGCAGAAGUUGGCGACAAGGCGGGCCUGGCGUCCCAGGUCAAGGAGCUGCUGGCCGAGGCCAAGACGAAAGACUCGGAGAUCACCAAACUCCGUAACGAGCUGAAGAAGCACCAAGGCAAGGAGUUGGCUAACGACCCCGGCUUGGCGGGCACGCUGGUGGACGGCCUUCCAACCGAGGUGGAGUCCAUCAUCCAGGCCCUCCAGGAGAAGAACAAGACCUUCCAGAGGGAACUUCUCCACCUGGGAGAGGAGAACCGACUCUUGAAGGAGAAGCUAAACCAACGGGAACAUUCGCCCCUCUCGGACACCAGCGGCAGCCUGCCCACCCCGACCACGCAGGAGUCCAGUUUUGGCAGCCCAAUUCAGCCGUCCCUUUGCAGCAACCCCACCAGCGGCAGCCUCUGCGUCAACGGCCCUCCGCUCCGCAACUCGGGCUCAUCCAGCAGCGACGUGACCAAAGCUUCGUUGUCCCCGGACGCCUCGGAUUUCGAGCACAUCACGGACGUCCCCUCCAGGCCCCCAUCCUCCGGCAGCAACGUCUUCAAGACCUCGAGAUGCUCCACCUCGGGGAGUUCGCCCAACAACGACAGCGACCUCUCGGUGGCCUCGCUCACCGAGCGGAUCCAGCGGAUGGAGGAGAACCACCACUGCAUGGCGGAGGAGCUGCAGGCCACCUUGCAGGAGCUCUCCGACCAGCAGCAGGUGGUCCAGGAGCUGACGGCGGAGAACGAGAAGUUGGCCGAGGAGAAGGCCAUGCUGGAGAGGUCCUUCUGCCAGCACCGGGAGCGAGCCGAGCAGCUGAGCCAAGAGAACGAGAAGCUGACCGCCCUCCUGCAGGAUCGGCCCAAGACGGACGAGAACAAAGCCAAGGUACACGAGCUGGAGCUGCGGUGCGCCGAGCUGCAGGAAAAGGCCCAGUUUGAGCGCGAGAAGAUGCUCAACAUCCAGCAGCAGCUGACCAGCAGUUUGAGGAGCCUGGAGAGGGAACAUCAAGAGGCCCAAGCGGCAGUCAAAAACCUGGGCGAGGAAGCCAAGCGGCUGGGCGGCCACUUGGAAACCGAGCGGCUGAACAAUGGCGCCUUGGCGAGGACCCUGGAAGACUGCAAGGUCCACCUGGAAGGGUUGAAGAUCGAGAGCGAGUCGCUGCGGUCCCAGCUGGACAGCGAGAAGCGGAAAUCGGCCGCCAUGGAUGCCAUGGAGCAGGCGGCUGGCCGCUCGGACGCCCACGAGGUGCUGCACGGGAUCCGCGCCGAGCGUGACCAGUUGGAACAAUCCUGCACGGAGCUGAGGCAGGAGCUGCUGAAGGCCCACAGCGAGGUGAAGACUCUGCAAGGGCAGCUGGCCAAG